CAAAGGCUGUUGGUUUACCAAUUUCAUCAGAAUUGUUCGUUUGGAUUCUCCCGUGACGGUUUUCAAUUUUUCAUUUAUCAAUGGGAUCCCUUCUUUCAAUUUCUCUGCUUCUUGCAUCUCUGUGUGCAUCUCUCUGGAGCUGUCAAGCCGGAAGUUACAGGAAGGAGUUGAGAACUAAGGAGGUGGGACAAGAUGCCAUCAUACAAUUGGGCCGUUCUAUGCAAUUCACCAGAAUUGACCCAUCACGUGUUAUACAACUCUCUUGGCGACCAAGGGUGUUCUUAUAUAGAGAUUUUCUCUUUGAUGAGGAGUGUGACCACCUUAUUUAUUUGGCAAAUGAGAAGCUGGAAAGGUCUUUAGCAAGUGAUAGUGAUUCACGAGAGGCUGUAACGAGCAGUCUAAAUUCAAGUUCUGGGAUGGCCACAGAUAUUGCUUCAGAUGAUACAGUUGCAAGGAUAGAGGACAGAAUUUCCACCUGGAGUUUUCUUCCCAAAGAGAAUGGCAAGCCUCUCAAGGUUCUGCAUUAUGGUAUUGAAGAGACCAAACAGGCUGAUGAUCACAAUGAUGAUAAAAGCAGGUUGGCAGUGGAUGAGCCUGUGAUGGCAACAGUGGUGUUGUAUCUGUCCAACGUUAAUCAAGGCGGUGAGACUACAUUCCCCAAAUCAAAGUUCAAAAGCAGUUAUCUGAGGGACAGCACAUGGACUGACUGUGCUAAGACCAGUUUCUCUGUGAAGCCUCUGAAAGGGAAUGCAUUGCUCAUCUUCAAUCUCAACCCCAAUACAACCCCUGAUGUGAGCAGCUCCUAUGCCAGAUGUCCAGUCCUUGAGGGGGAGCAAUGGAUUGCCACCAAAAGUUUCCACUUGAGAGCUACUCAGAAAAAUAAGUCUUCAUCUGAAUCUGAUAGCACUGAUUGCACAGAUGAAGAAGAGAAUUGUUCCCAAUGGGCUGCAAUUGGAGAAUGCCAAAGGAAUCCUGUGUACAUGAUUGGUUCUCCUGAUUAUUACGGCUCGUGUCGGAAGAGUUGUAAGGCUUGCUGACUAUAUUUUGGGACUUAAAAUGUGCCAAUAACCUCAACAUCCAUUCUGGUGUUGAUGGUCUAUAUUUGAUUGAUAAAGGACAUUGUUGAUUCUUUGAAAUUUGCAAAUAUAAUGCCAUUUGACCCAUGCUAUCCAA